AUGUCCGCCGUAUACACUCUUGCUUCUCGACCACCCAGGCCACUCGUACCGCCGUCCUACGUCAAUCCAGCCCAGAUGCAAAAUGCCCAGGCUGGUCCCUCAACCGCUCCAUCUGGACCCAAGAAAAAAUCAUCACCCACUCUAGCUACGGUAAAGCGCAAGCGCACAGAUACUCCAGAGGGCAAUUCGCCAGGCUCGCCUUCCCCCCAACCACAGCGCAAGGGGAGAGAGGGUCCCAAGAAAAAGAAAGCUAAUCGCGCUUGUUUUCACUGCCAGAAAGCACAUCUCACAUGCGACGACUCACGUCCUUGUCAACGCUGUGUGAAACGGGGCCUGGCUUCUAAUUGCACUGAAGGCCAUCGUAAGAAGGCAAAAUAUCUGCUCGAUGAAGAAGAGUUGGAACAACUAAAACGAAGCAAGUCCUCGGCGCCUGAAAUUCAGGGCAACGUGAGUGCCGCCAACACAGCCGACCCACCGUCAGUCCCAAUAGCUGAGCCAUUUCCUCAGAACGACUCGCUCUUAACUGCGUCCUUCGACCCCAAUUUUUCGUUUGGGUCGGAGGCUGCCAACCGCGAAUAUUCCAUCCUAUCUGCAAUCUUGGGCAAUCCAAGUCCACCAGAGUCUGCCUCUACUCCACCACCGCCACCGCCACCGCCACAAAGUUAUGCAACUUGGACCUCAGAUGCGAUUGAUUUCAUAGGCUCUCCUCGACUAGGCACCGCGACUAGUUCAUACACCUCACCAUAUGGCGAAUCCAUGCAAGCUGACACAACCUUAUCAACGUCACCAGGAAAUGCGCAUUAUCUCACAUAUCCUUAUCCCCAAAGCCAAAGAUCAGAAGAUUUGGUGGAUAUGUCAUACGCCUCGCAAUAUUCCUCAGCAGGGCAAGGUCAACCAUGUCUUCCUGCAAACUCUAGGCCACGGUCACCACCUACCGUCUUCCUCCAUAAUCCGUCAUCAAAAGACCAAGGAUCCCGUGGAUUGCUGUCGCCACCUCCAUCCAAUGGUUCCCCAAGCUCAACAUCCUCAGCACCCUCUGGUAUUGCUGAGAUUGUGCGACCACAGUCGUGUGGUUCACAGCUACAGAGCAUCAACGACCGUGUAUUGACGCCUUAUGACUAUACAGAGGGCUAUCACUUCCUCAUGAAGCACCUGCCCACUCGGUUCGAGAAGAAUGACAUUCUUCGAAUUGUGCGAGCUUUAGCAAUAUUUCGACCAUCGCUCAUAGCAUUACAAAUGCCACUGUCGUUGGACGACGAAGUUUUUGUCGAGAAAUGCUUCCAACGGUCGUUAGUGGAGCUGGAUAAGUUAAUGUCAUUCAGUGGGACCCCGACUGUCGUUUGGCGUCGCACUGGAGAAAUUUGCCUCGUGGCCCCUGAAUUUUGCAUGCUCACUGAGUGGCCUAUGGAGGACCUGGUUCACCAGAAAAAGUAUAUUUAUGAGCUGUUCGAAAAUCAAUCUGUGGUGGAAUAUUGGGAGAACUUUGCUUCUCACGCCUUUGAAAACACGACGCAAUCCGUUUAUUCGCAUUGUGUUUUGCUCAAACCUUCAGGCGCACCCGUACCUUCCACAUUUUGCUUCUCAAUUCGAAGAGAUCUGUUUGAUCUACCUAGCAUUGUUAUCGGCCAAUGGUUACCACUUCUAUGAAUCGGAACAGGACGUAUUUUACACCCGCUUUAAUAGUGUCAGCUUGUCCAUUCCUCUGCAUUUCGAUUUUUUUUAUUCUAUUCAUACAUUGAGUUUAUGCAUCUGCAAUUUUCCUUCAUUCCCUUGCAGCUUUUUUUAUUCAGUCAAAAUCUGUUAGAAGCCAAAUGUAUAGAACGAUGUACUUACCGCCAGCAUAUAUACCUAACUU